AUGAAGAAGCCUUUACACGUAGCACCCUUACGGCUGCAACGGAUGUUGGUCCAACUCCAGCGCUUUCCAGGAAUAAAUGUGGUAUACAAGCGUGCAGACAGCCUAUAUUUAGCAGAUGCUCUGUCUCGAGCCCAUUUGGAAGAAGAGCUGACGAAUGCUCAGCAAUUGGAUAUAAACCUCGGAGAGGAUGUUAUCUCUGACCACCAGUUGGCCCGUUUCGCUAAAGCAACUGAGGAAGAUGCGAUUUUGUCUGACCUGCAACAAGGAAUGAUCGUUAAGGGACAAAAGAUUGUUGUACCAGGUAGCUUGAGAAAGGAGAUGCUUGGGAAACUGCAUGAGGGACACCUGGGUAUCAACAAGACAAUAGCGAGAGCGUGGGACGUAUUGUUCUGGCCGAGGACGAGUGUGGAGAUAACCAAGAAAAUUGAAAACUGUCCCAUAUGUUUAGAAAUUCGACUAAGUCAGCAGCCUGAACCUUUGAAGUCGCAUGAGAUUCCACCAUUGCCUUGGGCUAAGGUUGGUACAGAUAUUCUACACAAGAAUGGUCGGAACUACCUCGUUACUGUCGAUUAUUACUCCAAAUGGCCAGAAAUAACUUUACUCCCGUCAAUGAAAAGUGCCGGAAUAGUUACAGCUCUUAAAUCCCAGUUCGCAAGAUAUGGAGUCCCUUCGGUUGUCGUUUCUGACAAUGGCCCCUGUUACAACUCUGCAAUAUUUAGGAAGUUUUCAGAAGACUGGAGUUUUGAACACAUCACUUAA